AUGACACUACUUGCGGGUCUUGCACUUCAGAAAGCGACGCAGUAUCUUCAACUUCUCCAAACACUUGCUCAGCUAAAUGUACAGAAAGAAUUAACUUUUGCGUUAUUAAAGAAUAAUUUUUAUAUUUUAAUUCAUAAUGUUUAAGACUGCAAUGCACAGUUGGCUCAAACGGCUGCGCAACUUGCACAGAUGACACUACUUGUGGGUCUUGCACUUCAGAAAGCGACGCAGUAUCUUCAACUUCUCCAAACACUUGCUCAGCUAAAUGCACAACUGGCUCAAAUGGCUGCGCAACUUGCACAGAUGACACUACUUGCGGAUCUUGCACUUCAGAAAGCGAUGCAGUAUCUUCAACUUCACCAAACACUUGCUCGCCUAAAUGCACAGCUGGCUCAAAUGGCUGCGCAACUUGCACAGAUGACACUACUUGCGCAUCUUGCACUUCAGAAAGCGAUGCUGUAUCCGGACACAAAUGUGUAG